AUGAAGGAGCUGAUUAAGGAGAUACCUGACGCCGGGUAUGGGUGCUCGGUGGCGAACCGCUUCGGCCGCCUUCUGGACGACGAGUCCGACCCUUUCGACCUGCUGUACCAAGCCCAGGUGAAAGCCGAUAAACGAAAGAAGAAAGAAGAACUGAAAAAAGCCGUCACUGAGACGAAAACUAAUAAGAAGGACUCACAAAGAGACAAGAAGGCACCCGUUCGUGUCGGGGAGAAUCCCAUAAAUAGGGCUGGAACAGGCCAAAAGCAGACUGUCCGCGCUGCACGUGAGGACCGAGGAGAAAGACACGUGGCUUUCAGUGAAGCCAAGUCCAGUGAGGGUGAAGUUUCUCUGGGCUAUUCUAUCGAGAGACCUGGAGAGCUUUUUGACAGAGCAACACGGGGAAGAGGAAGUGGACGGGGACGUGGGUUCCGAGGUUUCGGAUACUUCAGAUCUGCUGAUGGUUUUGAUCCCAGAGGGAAACGGGAGUUUGAGCGGCACAGUGGCAGUGACCGAGCGAGUGUUCAUCCUGAGGAGAAGAGGGGUGGCAAUGGACCUCGCAACUGGGGAUCUGUGAGAGACCAUGCAAGUGCAGUGGCUGAGGGGGCACCUAACGAGGCUGGUGAAGGCGAGGAAGUACCAGAUACAGCAGAGACAAAUUUGGAAAAUGGGUCAGAUCUACUCUCCUUUUUAGAAGAAAUGGCAGUGAAGCCUGUUGAAGCAGAAGUGCUUGAAGUUGCCAUUGAGAUGUCUUUGGAUGAAUGGAAGGCUAUUCAGCAGCAAAGCCGACCAAAGGCUGAGUUUAACAUCCGUAAGGCAGAUACAAAGUUGCCCCCCAAAGCUGUGGUGAUCCACAAGUCCAAGCGCCUUAAGGAACAUGGCCUUGGUCUGAUUGAAGAGAACCUAGCUUACCAGCGCCCUGCUAAUGACAUUACUUGUCAGGUAGACAUCAACUUUGGGAGUCUGGGGAGGCGUGGGCGUGGAGGACGAGGACGUGGGGCUCCUGCCCCCCAAAGAUCUCAGAAAUAUUUUGAAGUGGCUCCAGACCCUGAUGACCCUGAGGAUUUCCCUGCACUGGGCUGA